AUGAGUGCUCCUCAAGAACCCCGCGCGGGUCAACAGCCGCAGCAGCAGCAGCAACAACGACCGAUUUCAGCGCAGGGCAGUGUUGCAUCCUCUGAAAUUACGUUGACUCGAUGGCAGAAGAUUGAGAAUGUCAUCUGGGACGGCGGUCAUCGUACGCCGCAGGAACGCGCUCUUGUGCGUCGGUUGGAUAUAUUUAUCAUGAGCUGGGCUACAAUCGGGUACUUUGUGCGACUGCUGGAUUGGGCUAAUGUCACAAAUGCAUACGUCUCUGGCAUGAAGGAAGACCUGCACUUUACCGGAGCAGACUACAAUCUGCUCUCGACAUUCUUCAUCAUUGGUUAUGUUAUCGGUCAAGUGCCGUCGCAAAUGGUCCUGACACGCGUCCGUCCAUCAUACUGGCUGCCGACCUGCGAACUACUCUGGUCAAUUGUCACAUUCUGUUUCGCAGCUGUGCAGAAUGUGCGAGAUGUCUUUGCGCUUCGUAUUGUGAUGGGCUUCCUCGAGGCUCCAUUCGCAGUUGGCGUCUUGACUAUCAUGGGAAGCUGGUACACCCCGCGCGAACUCUCCAAAAGAAUUGCCAUCUUCUACUCCGCCUGCUAUGCUGCCAGCAUGUUUAGCGGCUACCUCCAAGCCGGUAUAUACAACGGCAUGAACGAUCACCUGGGCAUCGCCGGCUGGCGCUGGCUCUUCAUCUUCUGUGGCGUGAUUUCUCUCCCUUUCAGUCUAUAUGGCUACAUCGCCAUCCCCGACAACCCAUACAACAGCAAAGCCUUCUGGAUGCCCCCUCACCAACUCGAAUUCGCACGCAAACGCAUGGAGGCAUGUGAUCGCCGCCCUCCCGUGUUGCUCACAUGGGCCAAAAUGAGACGAAUUGUAACCCACUGGCCUCUCUAUGCGUUCACGGCAAUCAUGAUUUGCCAGUGUCUCGUUACGCAGCCCCUGAACUAUUUUGCGGUAUGGUUGAAGAGUCUGAAUCGGUUUUCAGUAUAUCAGGUUAAUGUCAUCCCGACUGCGGGCCAGGCUGUGGGAUUACUUACGACGUUGGCGUAUAGUUGGCUUGCUGAUGCAUGGGGUGGUGAGAAGAGAUGGAAAGCUUUACUCAUUCCGGCUGUGGUCAAUCUGGUGGGUUUGAUCAUUGUUUCGAUUGGACCAGGGUUUGGUGCGACGUUGUUUGGGUAUUUACUCAAUGGUGCUAGUUGGGGUUUCUGGCCGAUCUGCUUCGCAUGGACGAACGAAGUAUGCGCCUCAGACCCUGAGGAGCGCGCAAUCGUCAUUGGUGUCGCGCAAACAAUGGGUCAAGCAUUCGUCGCCUGGGUUCCUAUCCUGAUCCUGAAUACAGCCAAAUACGCUCCCAAAUUCACAAUGGGCUGGAGCAUCCUCACCGGUUUCAGCGCUUGUCAACUAGCCAUGGUAUUUGUUAUUCGGUGGCUUGUGCAAAGAGAUAAGCAACGCGCACGGGAACAACAGCAAGAAGGAGGAUUCAACGGUCAUCAUGAUCGUGGCAACGAUGUUGAGGGCGGAGUUGCUGCCCAUGGUAAUGUUGAGGAAAACACUGCCGAGGAUAGUGAAAAUGUGGUGCCCACUGCUCCGGAGAUGACGAAGCUGUAA